CCAUCACUAGGGAGUAGGGUGGAGUGGUGAGGAGCGCUGCGCUCACAUUUUUUUUUAAAUCGGAGUGAUUCGCUUAAUUUGGUGAAGUAUCGAUACCAUCACGCCAGUAUCGAUACGAUACCGAUACUCACCAAGUAUCGCUACUACCGAUACUAGGUAUCGAUACGCCUAGCCCUAGCGGCCACAAAGAGCGGUCCUAGUGCCCUCCACGUAUCCUAACCGCCAUUGAACAAACAAAAAAAAGACGAACGACGAAGCCAACUUGAAAGUGGUCCAUGGAAAGGUUGAUAUUGCGACCUCCUGUACUGUAGAAUGUAGUAUGGACCAUAGGACAGGAAGAAGAAGUCCCGUUAAGAAGCUGUGGAGGCCUAAGAUGCUCUACUAGUCUGCUGGAAAUCCAAAGAAGACGAAGGAGUAAAAAGCAAAAUGGCGUUUGACAGAGAAGGCCUAAACGUGGCCACUGGCCAUUAUUGUUUCUCUAUUUGUAUUUAGUGCAUACAUGUACGCAUAUAUGUCGUGUAGUAGAUGAAACAUUGUUAGUGAUUGUUUGUAUCCGGAUACAUUAGUCUUAACGCACUUUAUCGCGUCUUGUGCUAGUUAGCUUAGCUUGUUAGCUGCUAACAAAGAGACGCGGACGUUAUCAACACAUCGCUAAGUAGAGAUCAAAUGUGAGUGUAAAGUGUUGUGAUUGUGUGAAAAUGUGCGAAAGAGCCAUAGCAAAGUAUGAGGAGGAACGUUGUCCAACAAAAGAGGAGAAGGAGCGACAACAUCAACUACUAGACGCUGUUUUCAAGAAACAUCAAGUUGUGUUACACAGAACAGACGUCCAGCAGCCCUCCCACAUUAUAGAGGAAGAUGAUCCACAGUUCCCCCACAUUAAAGAAGAAAAGGAGGAUCCACAGUUCCCCCACAUUAAAGAGGAAGAGGAGGAAGUGUGGAUCACUCAGGAGGGAGAGUGUCUUCUAGGACAGGAGGAGGCUGAUCUCAGCAAGUUUCCACUGACUGUUGUCUCUGUGAAGACUGAAGAGCAUGAAGACAAACCACCUGAGUCCUCACAGCUUCAUCACAGUCCAAACCUCGAUGAAGAACAUCUUCCUCAUGAGCAGGAGGAGGAACCACAGUCUCCCCACAUACAUGAGGAAGAAGAUGUACCACAUUCCCAUCAUGUUAAAGAGGGAGGGAAGGAGCCACAGCCCCCCCAUAUUAAAGAGGAAGACGAGAUGCCACAGACCCAUAGUGUUAAACUCACCCUUUACAUUAAAGGGCAAGUGGAGGAACCACUGAACUUACACAUCAAAAAGGAAGAAGAGGACCCACUGACCCCUCACUUUAAGGAGCAAGAGAACCCGCUGAUCCCUCACAUUAAAAAGGAAAUGGAGGACGCACUGAACCCCUACUUUAAAGAGGAAGAGGAGGACCAAGAGCUGUUGCACAUUAAAGAGGAAGAGGAGGAACACCGCAUCAGUCAGCCUAAAUGGUUGGAGGAGUUCCCAGUGACUGGUGUCCCUGUGAAGAGUGAAUAUGAUGAGGUCAAAGGUGAAAGUGAGGAGAAGAGAGAGGCGGAGCCUCCAAGAAGCAGCUCAACACAACACAUGACAACAGAAGCUGAUGGAGACCACUGUGGAGGAUCACAAGCAGACAAGCUCUUAGCUCCACUAUCAGAUAGUGAGGACACAACGUCACACUCUCCUGACACUGAUGAUGAAGACUCUAAAGAUGAUAAGACAUGUCACACUGACAACACUCACUUCACAUGUUCUCACUGUGACAAAACCUUUAAAUACCAUUGUCGUCUUAAAAGACACAUGAGAACGCACACUGGAGAAAAACCUUUUAUUUGUUCAAAAUGUGGUAAAAGUUUUACACAAAGUUGGAGUUUGAAAGUGCACAUGAGAAUGCACACUGGUGAAACUCCUUAUAUCUGUUCAAUCUGUGGUAAAGGUUUUACAGAAAGUCCACAUUUGAAAAGACACAAGAGAAUACACACUGGUGAAAAAUCACAUUCCUGUUCAAUCUGUAGUAAAGGUUUUACAGAAAGUCAACAUUUGAAAGAACACAUGAGAACACACACUGGUGAAAAACCUUUUUCCUGUUUAGUCUGUGGUAAAGGUUUUACACAAAGCCAAAAUUUGAAUGUACACAGGAGGACACACACUGGUGAAAAACCUUUUUCUUGUUCAAUCUGUGGUAAAGGUUUUACAGAUAGUCCGAGUUUGAAAAAACACAAGAGAAUACACACUGGUGAAAAACCUUUUUCCUGUUCAAUCUGCUACAGAAGCUUUCGUGAACGAUCAAAACUUGUAAGACACAUGAGAAGACACCCAGGAGAGAAAGUGUUGAGUUGCAGUGUGUGUGGUGAAAGAUUCUCUUAUAAGUACCAGUGUAAGAAACACAAGUGUGCUGGUGAGAACAGCAGCAGCAAAUGAAACUGCAGGAUUUGGAAUAAACUGUCAGGACUUAAAUUUUGACUUUCCAACAACAUCAGCCAAUACAACAUGUGUGACAUUGUUGUUGUGUAACAAACCUUUUAAAUUGCUUCUACAUUUAUAGCUGAGAUAUUUUAUUACAGUGCUUUUUCAGUCAAAUACAUGCAUUAAUAUGCAACAUUGCGUACUUUUGUUAAAAAAUGAACAGAACAAUUAGACUGAAAAGGUGAGAGUAAACAGUACAAGACAUUUUUUAUAUACAAUUAAGGCCGGGCGUUAUAUGGAUAUAUACGAUAUAUUGCGGGUUUAUCUCUGCGAUAUAGAAAAUGACUAUAUCGUAAUAUUCGAGAACAAAUUCUCACGCAGUUGCUUUUAGCUGCGGGCGUACACUUCAAGGCUCUUCCCACUCCUUCUUGUGCCUCCUCACAGACAAGCGCACCUUCUUACACGCGUCACAUACUGACACGUCAUACGUCACAUACGUGUCCGCCCUGGCAGAGCAGAGAGGUAGCAUACUGGGCUACGUUAGCUGUAACAUAGCCGUACGAGAGAAAGAAGUUGCGGAUCUGGUAACAAAGGAAGAAGACUUAAUUCCCAAUAAAAACCGCGGGGUUUCCAUCGUCUACCGGUGGUUCGGCUUCAAGUGGGAAUAUGUCAAACAGACAACCGUAAUUUGUCAAGUGUGGGGCAAAAGCAUUGCUAUAAAAAGUUUGAAAAGUCACUCGCCAGAGCAGGGGUGUCAAACUCAAAUACAGAGUGGGCCAAAAUUUAAAACUGAACAAAGCCGCGGGCCAAGGUUGAACAAAUUAACCUUUUAAUAGGUACUCAAAUAAGUUUUGCAGUGAAUAUUGAACAAGCAAGGCUUAAAUAGGGCAGCACGGUGGCACAGGGGUUAGUGCACCUGCCUCACAAUACGAAGGUCCUGAGUAAUCCUGGGUUCAAUCCCGGGCUCGGGAUCUUUCUGUGUGGAGUUUGCAUGUUCUCCCCGUGACUGCGUGGGUUCCCUCCGGGUACUCGGUCUUCCUCCCAUGGAACAGGCAGAGCUUAUAUAACGUAAUAGUGCAAAAUCAACUUUCAAAAAACAUCAGUGGUAUAUUAGAUAAAAUUUAAUUAAAAAGAUGAAUGCCUCUUUUCUAUUUGCAGCUUUCUGAGGUAAAUAUCGACAUUAACUUUUUCCACAGGCUAAUAAAUUUGAAAAUAAAAAUGAGGUGGGCGGGGUUUGGUGGUAGCGGGGGGGGGGGGGUGUAUUGUAGCGUUCCGGAAGAGUUAGUGCUGCAAGGGCAUCUGGGUAUUUGUUCUGUUGUGUUUAUGUUGUGUUACGGUGCAGGUGUUCUCCCGAAAUGUGUUUUGUCAUUCUUGUUUGGUGUGGGUUCACAGUGUGGCGCAUAUUUGUAACAAUGUUAAAGUUGUUUAUAUGGCCACCCUCAGUGUGACCUGUAUGGUUGGUGACCAGGUAUGCGUGGCAUUCGCAUAUAUAUUAUGUGACUUGGCCAGCACGCUGUUUAUAUGGAGGAAAGGCGGACGUGACAACAUGUUGUAGAGGACGCUGAAGGCAGUGCCCUUAAAGCACGCUCCCAAUAUUGUUGUCCGGGUGGAAAUCGGGAUAAUGGUUGCCCAGGUAGAUUUUCGAGAAGGGCCCUAAACUCCGGGAGUCUCCCGGGAAAAUCGGGAGGGUUGGCAAGUAUGAGUAUUAGCGGUGAAUUUGGUGUUACUGGCGCGCCAGCUCUAAUGUUAAUUUGAUAUUGCCUCAAGGGCCAAAUGAAAUUAAACGGCGGGCCAGAGUUUGACACCUAUGCGCUAGAGAAUGAAGAGGAUUUCAUAACCUUAGUAACAUACCACAUAGUGAAGGACGAAUACUAUUUGAUUUCCUAUUAUGGAGCUCGUUUUUAUUUGACACUUAAAAUGUCUGACAAUCUUGCACUUUAUGUUUUGGAAAUGACUUGAAUGUUUGUGCCAUUGCUUAAUAACUUUAAUAAAUAUACUUUUGGUCAA